CGUAAACGACUUCGUUUUAUAACGUGCUCGACAAGGAGGAUUAAAAAGAACCCUCUAGAUGAUAUAGAGGGUUACAACAUUACAUAAGACUUCUUCUAGCCGUCGUCAUUUGUCGGAGAACCCGGAAUCGAACUCUCAGUAGCUGCUUUUUCUGUGUCCCAUGGCGAACCCGACGGAAAAUCCACCAAACCGAGAACCAAAAUACGAACUGGACAUCGACGAAGGAGAACUAGAAGAGGCGGAAGACGAAGAUGAUACAGCAUCCAAUCCUCGAACGGAAUCGCUCUUCCGUCGGAUGAGAUCCGCUCCUGUGCCUGUGCGCGUGCACGACGUGAUCGUCAAAGGAAACGAGAAGACCAAGGACCACAUCAUCGAGGCGGAAGUGGAAGCUGUGAUCAGGGAAGCGAACACGCUGCAGGAGCUUCUAGAAGCCUCUAGGGUUGCCAAUUCGAAUCUCCGAGCGCUUGAUAUCUUCGAUUCCGUCAACAUUACGCUCGAUUCCGGCCCUCCUGAGCUUCCCGGUACAACCAAUGUGGUUAUCGAAGUCGUCGAGAGCAAAAACCCUCUCACCGGCCAAAUCGGCGCCUACACUAAAGCUGAGGCCAAAUCAUCAAGCGUUGAAGCAUCUUUGAAGUACAAGAACAUUUUCGGGUAUGGAGAUAUAUGGGACGGGUCUAUGGUCUAUGGACUUGACAGCUCUGCUGAGGUUGGCUUGGGGAUGUAUCUCCCUAGGUUCAAAGCACUUCCCACUCCUUUUAGCUCUCGUCUCUACCUCUCGACUCAAGACUGGCUUAAGUUUUCUUCUUACGAAGAACGCUCUCUCGGACUUUCCCUCGGGCUUCUCUCUAGCAAGUAUCACGAGCUUGUCUACACUGUCGCGUGGCGUAGCCUCAUAGACCCGUCUCGGUUGGCUUCAGAGUCGAUAAGGAGGCAACUGGGACAUAGUCUGCUUUCUGCGUUGAAGUAUACUUUUAAGUACGACCAGAGAGACUCUUACUUGAGGCCAACGAGUGGGUACGCUUUCAGUUCUACUUCUCAGGUCGGUGGUCUUGCCCCUGAUAGCAGAAGCCUACGGUUUUUCAAGCAGGAGAUUGAUCUUCGGUGUGCUGUUCCUUUAGGGUUCUACGCAGCUGCUCUGAACUUUGGUGUGUCUGGGGGUGUCACGUUUCCGUGGGGAAGCGGAUACAAGAACCGAGCCUCCUCUGUGCCGGAGAGGUUCUUCUUGGGUGGGAACUCAUCUCCUGUAUGCUCUUUGAGUGGGCCGUCUGCGCUGUGGGGGUUCAGUACCAGAGGACUCGGUCCCAACGAGGCGAGGAGGAGAGGAGAUGUCGAAAGAGAUUUUGUUGGAGGGGACGCUGCGGUGACUGCGUUUGCGGAUCUCUCGUUUGAUUUGCCAGUGAGGUGGUUGAGAGAGAGAGGAGUCCACGGGCAUGUGUUUGCAUGUGCGGGGAAUACGGCAAAGCUAACAGAGAAUGAGUUUAGAAACUUCAGUGGUCCGAAGUUCUUGGAGACGUUUAGAACUUCAGUUGGUGCUGGAAUCGUAUUGCCAGUUAGUCUCUUCCGUAUGGAGAUUAACUACUGCCAUAUAGUGAAGAAACAAGAACACGAUCGAGCAAAAUCUGGUUUUUUCCUGACAUUCUCGGCCUGAGUAAUUUAUAGUUGAAGAAAGCUAUCAGCCGCAGAAUCUUCGGUUUCGGGCAGUUUGAGUUAUUUUCUUAUCUGAUAAAUUUUAGAAAAGAGUUGUUUUUUUUUUUUUGCCAUUUUGCCUCAUUUUUGGAUUCACGAGGAAUGAAAUUAAAGAUUAUCUGUUGUAUACAUAGGUUAAAAGAUUUCAAGUUUCUUUGGUUUUGUAAAAUUGUUAUCCUUAUUUUCAGAGGUUGAAAUUUUUCAAGA